AUGUCGGCCACUGGAACGUACAGGGGAACUACGACUGGCCACAAGACUGUGGGCAGAGGUAGGCUGCCCGACUUCGAUAGUCCGGCAUCCCACAUUCCGCGUCCUCGGCCUGAGACCGCUUCUUCUUCCACACCCAAUCCUCACACUCCCUCCAGCGACAUUGGAAGUUCAACAAUGAGUGCUGCCAGCAGACAAAGACAGAACCAGUCGAAGCGAGAUGAGGCUAUCCGCCGAAAGAUGGAGGCGGACCUCAACAAGAAGAAGCAAGCCCCGACAAAGGCGCAUCGCUCUCGGAAAGCUCCGCCAGGAACCGUACUCGCCCUGAAACCUAGUCAAGCUCUUCAGAUUAAACCUAACACGACCAUUGCGGAGGCCGCUCAAUUGAUGGCAGCAAAGCGGGAGGACUGUGUUUUGGUUACCGACGAUGAUGAUCGCAUUGCCGGAAUUUUCACUGCGAAGGAUCUCGCGUUUCGUGUGGUGGGAGCUGGCCAAAAAGCUCGAGAUAUUACCGUCGCCGAAAUCAUGACCAAGAACCCUUUAUGCGCGAGAACCGAUACUAGUGCUACCGAUGCACUCGACCUCAUGGUUAGGAAGGGCUUCAGACAUUUGCCAGUUAUGGAUGAGAACCAGGAUAUUUCUGGUGUUCUCGAUAUCACGAAAUGCUUCUACGAUGCGAUGGAGAAGUUGGAGCGCGCAUAUAGUUCGUCCCGCAAGUUAUACGAUGCUUUGGAAGGUGUUCAGACGGAACUCGGCUCCAGCCAGCCUCAGCAGAUCAUCCAGUAUGUUGAAGCCUUGCGUUCGAAGAUGUCUGGUCCAACUCUCGAGACUGUCCUUGAUGGCCUGCCGCCCGUUACAGUCUCCGUUCGCACGUCUGUGAAGGAAGCUGCUGCUAUGAUGAAGGAACAUCACACCACCGCCCUUCUGGUGCAGGAUCAGGGCUCGAUCACCGGUAUCUUCACCAGCAAAGAUAUCGUACUGCGUGUCAUCGCUCCUGGUCUUGACCCGUCGACAUGUAGUGUGGUUCGCGUCAUGACUCCUCACCCUGAUUUUGCGCCCGCUGAUAUGAGUAUUCAAGCUGCGCUACGGAAGAUGCACGACGGCCACUAUCUGAAUCUACCAGUUAUGAACGAGACGGGCGAGAUUGUUGGUAUGGUGGAUGUGCUGAAACUCACAUAUGCCACUCUGGAACAGAUCAAUUCGAUGUCGACGCAUGAUGACGAAGGCCCGGCAUGGAACAAGUUCUGGCUCUCUAUGGACCAUGAAUCCGACUCGAUGGUGUCUGGUAGCCAACAGCCCCAUAAUCGUGUGCUUCCUAAUGAGUCUGCUUCUCACCAUGGCGGCGAUGAGCACUCCGAAUACAUCGAUCACCAUCAUCAUCAUCAUGGCGAACCUGUUCCGUUCCCCUUCAAGUUCAAGGCGCCAAGUGGCCGCGUUCACCGUGUUAACGUUCUCCCUUCUGCUGGCAUUGCCGAUUUAGUUGCCCAAGUCACGGCCAAGCUGGGAUCAGAGGCGGAUGCCGUUGGCGGCGCUGCAACCUGUGACGAGGGUAAACUUAGCAACACAGGCUAUGCUUUGAGCUACUUGGAUAAUGAGGGAGACACUGUUUCGAUUACCACAGAUCAGGACCUUGCUGAUGCAAUUACUCUGGCACGGCAGUCGCGUCGGGACAAGGUUGAUCUCUUUGUCCAUGAUCCGACGCAGCCUCCAAUUCCUGCUACUCUCGAACCCCAACCCGCACCUGUGAAGCCUGUGGAGGAGAAGAUCUCUCCAGUUCCAGAGGAUCAGUUGUCGGAGGAACCAUAUGUGCCAAAGCCCCGGUCUCAGACGUUCUCCUCACAGCACCAAGAAGAGCAAUUCAUUGCAGGAGUGCCUAACGAGUUACUCCUUCCUGGUGCGAUUGUCACACUGGCGGCAGUCAUUGCGGGUGUUUUCGUCUUGAGCCGGGCCACGUCCCGGUAA